AUGUUGACUCGCCAUCCGUUAGGCACGCUUGUCAAAAUUCAAACCUUCACCACAGCCACUCGAUCGCGCCGCUUCAUCUCGAUCCCGCCCGACAUGAACUCAGACGCCAAUCGCAUUGUUACCUUCUGGUUCAACCGCAAUCCAGUGGAAUGGAUCAUUGCCCCCAAGGGUCUUGAUGAGGAGCUGAAAUCCCAGUUCGGUGAGCUGGUCUUGAAAGCACGCCGCAACGAGUUGGACGAUUGGACUGCUCAGCCGGAAGGGAGUCUCGCCCUGGUUGUGUUGCUAGACCAGUUUUCGAGAAACCUCUUUCGCGGCACACCAGACGCCCUGAGUGGUGAUGCCAAGGCCACCGAAACCUCAACACGAGCUAUUGCUCGAGACUUCGACAAAGAGGUUACUGUCAUUCAAGCGUCGGCAUUCUACAUGUCACUGCUCCAACAGGAAAGCCUGAUUACGGUAAUUGCGGCCCGUUAUCUCUUCGAAGCCUUGAAAGCGAGGUGCGUUACCGACGAAGAGCACAAGUGGGUUGAUAUGGGAAUUGCGGCUUCGAAGAGACAUGUACAACAACUGGAGAAGUUCGGGCGAUAUCCCACUAGAAAUGCCGUUCUAGGCCGGACCAACACUGAAGCCGAGGAAGAGUUUUUGAAGAAUUACAAUCCAACCCUUUGA